CUAGGUACCAUUUUUAUAUUUUUUUUGUGUGUUGCAGAUUUUCAGAUUUCUGUGGGGCACCAACUAAACCCUGUUUAGACAAGGGGCUGCAUCCCUGCAUAGAAUAGUUUCCAGUGCUCCUAUAGCAAUAAAUAAGAAGGAAGUUAUUCUUUCUUAUGGCAACAGCUCUUCUAGGGUAACUUUAGUAGGUUCUAAAGUUAUUAUGGUAUAUUUUCUUGUCUAUUAAACUAUUUGUAACAAAAACAGAAUGCAGGCAUCUAUUAGUCCCAAAAUGCUGCAACACCAGGAGCUCUAUAGAUCUGCCAGAGAAAGAACUCCUCCCUGGAAAGAAAAAUUCCGCAAUCAAUGUAUGCAGCGAGUCCGUUCAUCCAGAGCUCGGCUGCUGGAUAAGUUCCGCAAGUGUGCAUUGUCAGAUUCCCCAAUGAAGCCUUCAGCCAUGGACCAUCAUCAGCUGGCACUGGCCCUCAUGGAGGGAGAGUGGGAUGGAGGAGUUCCUCUCCAUCAUCACUUGAAGCAUGGAAGUGAUGAGGAGCAAGAGGCUCUGUUGGAGAUCCUGGAGGAGAUUCAGGCUGAAAUGAAGCUUUACAGUGAGCAGCUAGCUGAGGAUGUGGCUCGCUUUGAGGAGGCUGACAUGGCCCAGCUGGUGAGCAAGUGUCAAGAGCCUGAAGUGAUUUGUCCCGUGUGUCAGGUGCGCCCGCUGCUCCAUGUCUCUCAAGACGAGCUGUCUUGCUUCUGCGGCUUGCGACUGCGCGGUGUCUCACUCUCCGCUGUCCAGUCGAGCAUCGAGUCGACGCUUCUCCUUCACGGGGCUGAGUGUCAACAUCCGCUUGCAUUUGCGUCAACUUGCGUGCCGGUAGCGCCCUCCGCCACUGCUGACGUGGUGUCGACAUGUCUCCCCAACACGAAUAUCCUCGUCACAUGCGCCUGCUGUGAAUGGAUGUCUUUCUUACUUUAGUCUAGGCAUAUGUUGUGUCGCUUGGACUAGGAGUAAGUUAUUUAAUAAUUUUUUUAACAACGAGUCUCCUUAUACAUGUGUGUCAUGUGUUCGCGCAUUCCACUCUAAUCUCUACCACAUUGUGUUCGUACAUAAUUAGGAGAGAUACCUAUGUAGAAAAGAAACUUUUGAAUGAUGAAUUGGCGUGUAACCACGUCAGGUAGACGAUAUUUUAGCAUUAAGGCUGUAGAAAAAGCAAGGCUUCUCGAAGUCACCGUGUGCUGUGACUUUUUGUACAUCAUUUAUUUGUAUCUGUGUCACGAACUUCUCAAUUUGACUAGGAUUUUCACCCAGCUUUAAUACUAAAGUCUUCUCAUUUUAGAGUCUAAAACAUCAAUAUGAGCUCCAAUGUGCUAGAAUCUUGAUGCAAUGUGUCGCUCUUUCAUUCCAAGGGAUUAAAAAACUACUUUUUAAUAUUUAAAUUUGCUCCAUUUCUGAAAAAUUAGAAAUAGUGUAACCAAGAUAACACCAAGCCGAGUUGAUGGUAUAUCGAUGAAGAGGUCUUUUCAGCUACUUAAUUUUUUAUCAUUCGUUUUCACCAUUGAGUAUUCAUUCAUUUCCACACCUUAGUAUUUGCUGGGCCUCUUUAGGCAAACUGACAGGUAGGUACUUAACAUAAGGGAGGUAUUUCAAUGAAAUAAAUACUGAUUAUCAUACCUAUUUUAAAAAUACGGACGUUUUUUACAAUACACUUUGACGCUUCAUAUUGAUAUCCUCUCUAUUUUAGUAUAAGAGCCUGCAUAAGAAAUUUCAGCAUAAGAACCUGCAUCAAGUGAGAUUUCGGUGCCUAGUGUUGCGCGUACUGACGAGUUAUCCUCAAAUUGGCGGUGUUUGACGCUGGUCAGUAUAACUUUCCUUCCACCUGUCUAGCAGUUACUGGCAUAAUUUUUCUACGAACUAAUUUUCUUAAGCUCUGGAUUAAUUUUUUGUCUUCUUAUAUUCAAGGAAAAACUAGUAAGACUUGUUUUGUGUAAGCUUUUUUCUCGCGCUCAUUGUAUAGUAUCGAUAGCUUCCAGCGAAAGCGUUCUGGUACAAAUCUGUAAGUGCUGUGAUGGCAUAUUUGUGAAGGCUGUUCUGUUUUAUUUUGCCUUGAUCACAAAGGCAGAUUAGACGUUUCAGACCACGAGAUGUUGUGUAGAAAUAAUAAAGAAUAAUGUUUUGAA